UUGAUUGAAGUAGAGUACUGAUCGAGUCCAGAAAUUACAAGGGAGAGAUGGCAGUUUAUGCCGCCAUUGUUUCGCUUAUACAUACAGUGAAUCAAGCUCUGCGUUACGAUCCUAUUGAGUUGCGUAACUAUGCUUCGGAAUAUCGUGUCUUUCUUUCUCAUUAUAUGUCGGAUUUUCCUCGAGAUAGAAAAGCGCUGGAGAGAGUCUUCGAAGCAGCAAACAAGGUGGACUUACUUGCAAAGAAUUCCUUUCUGGAACGUCAAAAAGUAGAUUUGUUUUGGAAAAGCAUGAGUAAGUUCCUUUACUAUUAUCAACCAUAUGAUUUCAAGGAAUUUCUUUGCUUACUAGAAACUUUUCUCAAAGAUCCUCAACUCAUGAAUGAGAAUGAUAAAAAACAAGUACAAACUCUGGCACAUGAAGGUGAAGAUUUGAUUGACUUACUUAUGUCAAACAUGAAAAUCAUGUCUUUCCCAAAUGCAAGGUUUAGGAUAUGCCUGAUUGAAGAGGAACUUCAACAGCUGAGAGAAAGGACAUGGCAAUUUGAAUGUGGUGCUAAAUGUACAAAUGAUUUCGUUGCAGGCGAUUCUUUGUGUUCUAGUUCCUCUUCGAGUACUUCGCAUUUAGAGAAUAACCUUGUGGGCUUCGAUAACUACUUAAUCCAAAUCAAAGAGCAACUUACUGGAUGCCAACUUGGAUUAAGUAUUAUUUCCAUCGUGGGUAUGGGUGGGAUUGGGAAAACAGCUCUUAGUAGAGUAGUUUAUGAUGAUCCUUCUAUUGAGGAUCACUUUUAUAUCCAUGCCUGGAUAGCUGUAUCUCGAGGGUAUGAUGUAAGAAAAAUGUUGCUUGGCAUUUUGAACAGUGUUUCCCAUUGCACUGAUGAAAUGUACGAAGAGAGCAAUGAGCAAUUAGCUGAACAACUCUAUCGAAGCUUAAAAGGUAGAAGGUAUCUCAUUGUUUUGGAUGACAUAUGGAAUAUAGAAGCAUGGGAUGAUGUUAGAAGAUCUUUCCCAGAUGACAAUAAUGGCAGCCGGAUCAUUUUCACUAGUCGGUAUACAAGCAUUGCCAGCGAUGUCUAUAAUAGGAGUCUUACUCUUGACAUGCAUCUUUUAAAUAUGGACCAAAGUUUGAAGUUACUAUCUUUGAAGGUGUUUGGAACUGAAUCUUUCCCCCCUGAACUGGAGAAUGUCGGAAAACAAAUUGCAGGCAAAUGUCAAGGAUUACCACUUGCAAUUAUUGUAGUUGCUGGCAUUUUGGUUAAGAUCAACAAGACACCAGAUAGUUGGGAGAAUGUUGAAAAAUCCCUUGGUUCAUUUCAAAAUGUUGGAAACUCAGAAGAAUGCUUGGAUGUCCUUGCUUUGAGUUAUAAGUACCUACCUCAGCAUUUGAAGCCUUGCUUCCUAUAUAUUGGGGCUUUCCCCAAAGAUGAUGAGAUUUCUGUUAUGAAAAUUAUCAGAUUAUUGGUUGCUGAGGGAUUUUUAAGGGAAAUUGAGGAAAAAACCUGGGAAGAAGUCGUAGAGGAUUAUUUGGAAGAUCUGAUUAGCAGAAGUCUACUUAUGGCUACAAAGAGGGGAUAUGAUGGCCGAGUCAUAAAAUGUAGCAUGCAUGACCUCUUACGGGAUUUGAGCAUAAGAGAAUCUCAAAGAGAGGAAUUUUUACAUGCCAGUGUUCCCCUAGAAGAACCAUAUUCUGUGUCCCGACUUGUCUUUUAUUCUGAUGUUGAUUGGAAUGAUUACAAGGACUUGCCAAAACCUUCUAUUUGUUCUUUCAUUGCCUUUGGCAGAGUUCAACAGCUUAAUGGUUUUGAAAUGUUGAGAGUGUUGGAUAUUUCUUUUCAGUCGUUUAUGCGUUUCCCAAGUGAAAUUUUAUGUUUAAAAAUUCUGAGAUAUCUGGCUAUAGGCUUGUUUAAUGAUCUUCCUCCAUCAUUCUCUGAACUUUGUCGACUACAGACAUUGAUUCGAUGGUGCAAUGGAGCAUGCCUAAUUCUACCAGAGGAAACAUGGAAGAUGAAAGAAUUAAGGCAUGUCUAUUUCAAAAAGAGCAGUCACUUUCCAGUUCCUGGAACAAGAAUGACAUGGUAUGGAGAAAGACAUUGGGACUUGCCAAAGCUGCAGACACUCUCAUAUUUAAGUUUUGGAAGUUGUGCUCGGGAAAUUUUAACCCAAGUUCCAAAUCUGAAGAAGUUAGGGCUUCGUGAAGAAGAAGGCGAGUACCUAAGGGAUGAACAGUUGGUAUGUUAUCUAAAUAAUCUCAAAGUCUUACACUGCCUGGAGAAAUUGAAAUGUUUCUUUACUAAACAAAGGCCACUUCCAAGCCCGGAUGCUUUUCCACCAAGUCUCAAGCAAUUGUCUUUGCGGGGGUGCCAGCGACCAUGGAAAGAGAUGUCAGUUCUAAGUGCAUUACCCAAUCUCGAGGUGGUUAAAUUGAAGGAUUAUGCAUUCAAAGGGUCACAGUGGGAACUGAUUGAAGAAGUCUUUUGUCAACUAAAAGUUAUGCUAAUAGAUAUUGCAGAUCUUGAGCAGUGGGAAGCCAGCAGCAUUAAUUUUCCAAAGCUUCAAUCUCUUGUCCUCAAAUAUUGCUCACACUUAAGGGAGAUCCCCAUUGGUUUUGGAGAGGUAUAUACUUUGCAGUCAAUUGAAUUGUGGGAAUGCAACUCUUCCACUUAUGAUUCUGUGGACAGAAUUCGAGAAGAACAAGAAGAUUCUGGAAAUGACGGCUUUACUGUUAGAAUCCACCGUGGUCACAAUGCAGAUGAAUGACAUUCUAAUCUUCCGGGCUCCGUCUACUUGCUUCCAUUUCUACCUGUUGGUGUCUGCUGAGAAUUCCAAAGUCUGGUAAUAUAAACUUGGUACCUGCAAUUUUCUUCAAUAUCUGGUUCUUGAUAUCCUGUAUACAUAUCACAGGAAAUAUAAACUAUGGAUUCUGUAAAACUCUGGAAGCUUGAUUACUUUACUUGUUUCCCUUCACAGUUUGUGUAAUCAUUCUGAUUUAAAUUAGAUGCUGAAAAUUCCCUCCCUUAUAUCUGUA